AUUAAAUCAUAUAUAUCAAUCUCCACGGCAACUGUAGUGGAGAGGAAAAAAUAGGAAGGAAACAUAAUUAAAUGACUGGGCCUGUACCUGGAAUGUCCAGCAGGGGCCGCUCCACAGCAACUGCAGUGGAGAAAACAGUACAUGAAGAAGUGGCAAUUCACUGGGUUAGCCGCUACCCACAUGGAAAACGGGAAGCAAUGCUCCUGCACCUGGAAUCUCCAGCAGGAGUUGCUUCACUACAGCUGUAGACAGGAACCUCGAUUCUGGAUGAGGUCUUCUGAGAGAGAGCCCCGUUACCACUGGAUCAGACCUGACGUACGGUUUUUCCGGGCUGACAGUGGACCCAGGUCUCAGUAUAGGAGACCUGAAUGGCGUGAUUAUCGGCCUUUUCCGCCUGAAAUCACAAGGGUUCGGGGACCUGUAAACAGAUACGGCUACUCACAUUUUCCCAACCGUGGGAAUAAUGUAAAUUUUUCGAAACCCCAGGAACGGGAUACAAUACGUACCUGGACCAAAAACCACAGUGCUUCGGCACUGCAAAACCCAAGCGGCAAACAGGGUGCCGCACCUGCAAAACAGAGAACAAAACAAAAUAACAAACACAAAAAUAGGAAACACAACAAAAAGAACACAAAUACAAAUCUAGCUAACCCACAAACAAACACACAGGACAAAAAUAGUGCUACUUACAAAAGAUUUACUGGUCUGGUGAGGAGUUUAUUUAAUCUGAUGCGGUCUCACCACCACAUGGAGAUGGUUGCGGCUAACGCUGAAACAGAGCCCCCAACCUUCUCCAGACUAACUGCUUACCUUUCUAAAGUGGUGAAACCAGCAAACAUAACACCCCAGACCAGAAUCUUGUUAGAGGGAAAUGCUAGAAACUGGGCCUACACCACACGGCUCAUACUCACAGAGCAUUAUCAAACACACAUUAGCCAGGAAACAGCAGAGCUAAUAAAGGUGGGGGUGCAGGACAUGAGAGAGGCACUAGAGGUCGCCACUAGAUGGUACCAAAAAAGGUACCCAAAGAAAUACAUGGGGGAUGCAGUUAAUAGUGUAGAAAAAUUAUUUCCACACUUCAAAGCACACCUGAGGCUGUAA